UAUAUAUGUAGAAGCAUGAGCUGAAGGACAUGAAGGACAGAGUCAGGAACCAGCACUCUUUGGUAAGACCUCUGCAUCGGUCCCAGCACUGACAGAUUCUGUUCCUCAUCACAUCCCUCUUCCUGAUCUUCACCAUGAGCCUCCUCACUCAGGUGCUGUUUCUGCUGGCUCUCUCUGGAUGUUCCAGUGAAGUCGUAAACAGUUUUACCCAGACGUGCCCUCAAUUCUUUGCUAAUCCAGGAAGAACUCUGUCUCCUCCAACUGUAUUUAAAGGAAAAAAUUACAAACAGAUCUGCCAAAUUCUAAAGAACACAUAUGAAUACGCAACACUGUAUGACACAGCAAACAGGAUCCCCGUCUACUCAGCCUACAAGUUUGAAGGAAAAAAGGGUUUUGACAGAAAAGGCAGCUGGUAUAUUGAACCUCAGCUUGAAGACCAAAAUAAGGGCCGACAGAUGGCAUCUGAAAGCAGUGUGGCCCAGAUAAAUAAUCAAGCUGUCAAUGCAGACUACAAUGGGACGCACAAUCAUCACUUUGUAAAAGGACAUCUGGCUCCAGUCUUCCACGCCACAUCACAGAGCAGCGCUAAUGCCACCUUCACCCUCACCAACGCCGCUCCACAAAACGAUAAAUUUAACAACGGAGAAUGGAAGAGAACAGAGAACGCCGUGGCUAAAGCUCUGGAGAAGAAGUGUAAGGGAAAUUUUGCUUAUAUCGUCACCGGGGUGGUUCCUGGCGCUGAUAAACUAAAGAACAGAGUUCGUAUUCCCAGUCACUUCUGGACCGCUUACUGCUGUCUAGACCACAAGCGGAAUGUGAAAGCUUCAGGUGCUUUCAUAGGAGAGAACAAAAAUGACCCAGUGCAGGAAAUGUCAGUCAAAAAUCUAGACAGAAAGCUGAGAGAUGAGUAUGACCUUCAUCGCUCCUGA